UGAUAAUUUAUUUUUUUUCUUAACUUACUCUGUAAUUUAAAAAAAAAAUCCGCAUUUUUAUUCUAUUCGAGUCUCCUUUAGUCGCCAAACAACUUAGCUAAGGCGAACACGAAUACACAAUGGAUCGUAGUUCAAACAAUUCAACAAGAUCAUCGUCUUGGACACUAAAGCAAGAUAAGGCUUUUGAAAGUGCUCUUAACAAAUAUAACAAGGAUACACCUGAUCGAUGGCACAAUAUUGCUAAAGAAGUUGGUGGAAAAACUAUUGAAGAAGUUAAGAACCGUUAUCAAGACCUUCUACACGACGUCCAGAAUAUUGAGGCAGGCCGUGUUCCCUUCCCUUAUAAUUGGGCUAUGUGAACUUACACUAUUGAUAUUUGCUAUCAAAUCAAGGUGGUACAUACCUUGCAUUCUUAGUUCUAAGCUUUCAAUACUAAAUCUAUGUUUCUUUCUUGCUUUGGCCCUUAUUUAAUUUUCUAUUUUGUAAAUCAUAAGUCGAUUUAUAUAUAUAAAUGAAUAAUUUUCGAUUUGCAAUCUUAAAGUUUAGACAAUUUACGAAUUACAGUCUUAAUAUUUUUUUACAAUUUUAACUACUAAAAUAUUUUUAUCUAUAAU